ACUGAGUAGCCCUUAUGACCAACAUGAGCUGGAGCUUUCUAACCCGCCUGCUAGAAGAGAUUCACAAUCACUCCACCUUCGUGGGGAAGGUCUGGCUCACUGUGCUCAUCGUCUUCCGCAUUGUCUUGACAGCGGUGGGAGGUGAGUCCAUCUACUCCGAUGAGCAGAGCAAGUUCACCUGUAACACCAAGCAGCCAGGCUGCGACAACGUCUGUUACGAUGCCUUCGCACCGCUGUCGCACGUCAGGUUCUGGGUCUUCCAGAUCAUCAUGAUAUCCACCCCUUCGGUCAUGUACCUGGGCUAUGCCAUCCACAGGAUUGCCAGGUCAGCAGAGGAGGAGAAGAAGUUCAAGGGGUUCAAGAAGAAGAAGCAGUUUGCCCUGAACUGGCAGGCGGUGCGCAACAUGGAGGAUGCUUUGGAGGCUGACGAAGAGGAGCCCAUGAUCUCUGAUGACGCAGCAGAACAUGAGAAAGCCAAGCCCAAGCCCAAGUGCAAAGAGCAACAAAAGCAUGAUGGCAGGAGGCGCAUCCAGCAAGAAGGACUGAUGAAAAUUUAUGUCUUCCAGCUCCUUACCAGAGCUUCCUUUGAAGUUUGUUUUUUGAUAGGGCAGUAUUUGCUCUAUGGUUUUGAGGUAGAAGCUUAUUAUGUCUGCAACAGAGUCCCUUGCCCUCACACUGUGGACUGCUUUGUGUCCCGGCCAACAGAAAAGACCAUCUUUCUCCUGGUGAUGUACGUCGUGAGCUGCCUGUGCUUAUUGCUGAACAUGUGUGAGAUGUUCCACCUGGGCUUUGGGACCAUCCGAGAUGCCAUUCGCAACCGGAAAAUCAACAGCUUUAGGCAGCCUCCCUACAACUACGCUUACCCAAAGAACAUCUCCUGCCCUCCUGAGUACAACCUGGUUGUGAAAUCAGAGAAGUCCACCAAGAUCCCCAACAGCCUGAUGGCUCAUGAGCAGAACUUGGCUAACGUCGCUCAGGAGCAGCAGUGCACUAGCCCAGAUGAGAACCUCCCGGCAGACUUGUCCACCCUUCACAAACACUUGCGAGUGGCCCAGGAGCAGUUGGACAUAGCGUUUCAGAGCUAUAGCAGCACCCAGGCCAACACUCAGCCUUCUCGAACCAGCAGUCCUGCCUCAGGUGGCACAGUGGUAGAGCAGAACAGGGCCAACACCGCCCAGGAGAAACAAGGUGCUAAACCCAAGGCCUCCUUGGAGAAAGGGAGCUCCAGCAGUAAAGAUGGAAAGACAUCUGUAUGGAUAUAA